AUGGUGCGGUUUGUGAUGUCUUCAAACACCAAACACGUCUCCAUGUUCUUCAUUUUUUUUAUGCUGGCUUUGAAUCGCUUCCAACACUUUGGAUCCAACGCUCAACUCAUACCACAAGAUGAAGUUGAAUUACUACAAGCAAUAUCAGACAAAGUAGAGAACUUGAAUUGGAAAGUUACAAAACGUUCCUGCGAUGGGGAUAGAGGGUUUGAUAACAGGAAGAUUUCAAGGGAUCAGGAUCAAAGCAUAAGGAAUGUCACGUGCAAAUGUUCUUUCAACAAUGGCACUGUUUGCCAUGUGACAUCCAUUGCACUCAAGGGUAUCAAUAUAACUGGACCUUUACCCGAUGAAUUUGGAAAUCUAACUCGACUGGAAAUACUGUCACUUCUGGGAAAUCGACUUACUGGUUCAAUUCCUUCAGAAAUUAGUCAUAUGACUAGUCUGCAAGAACUGAACUUGGAAGAUAAUCAACUUGAAGGCCCUCUUCCCCCGAGCCUUGGAAAAAUGAGCAACUUGCUGAAAUUACUUCUUUCUGCAAAUAAUUUCACAGGGACAAUACCAGAAGCAUAUGGCAAGCUAAAGAAUCUCAAUCAGUUUCGGAUAGACGGGAGCACUUUAUCUGGGAAGAUACCCAAUUUUAUUGGGAACUGGACCAAACUUGAUAGACUGGAUUUGCAGGGCACAUCCUUGGAAGGUCCAAUUCCUUCUGUCAUAUCUGAAUUGAUCUAUUUGACAGAUUUGAGAAUAUCUGAUUUGAAGGGACCAACCAUGACAUUUCCUAAGCUGCAGAAUUUGUCACUCUUGCAAAGACUGGAGUUGAGAAAUUGCUUAAUCACUGGUCAAAUUCCAGAUUACCUUGGACAAAUGCAAAAUUUAAAAUCUCUAGAUCUGAGCUCCAACAUGCUGACUGGUCCAAUCCCAGAUUCAAUUCAGGACCUGGGAAAAUUAAAUUACUUGUUUCUGACUAACAAUUCUCUAAGUGGACGAAUUCCUGGGUGGAUACAAAACUUGAAACAGAAUAUUGAUUUAUCUUUGAACAAUUUUAGUGAGAGUUUUUCAAAUGAUUGCCAGAUCUUGGAUGUGAAUUUAGCUUCCAGCCUCUCUCCCUUAGCAAACACUUCAAUGUCUUGUUUGAAGAUGGGCCAACCUUGUUCAGGAAAACCUCGGUUUCAUUCACUGUUCAUAAACUGUGGAGGACCUGAAACAGAGUUUGAGGACAAUGAAUAUGAAGCCGACCUCAAUUUACGUGGCAUAUCAAACUAUGUUCGUAGUGAUAGUGGCAAAUGGGCAUAUAGCAGCACUGGAGUAUAUCUAGGAAGGGAGAAGGCUGAUUAUGUAGCAACAAAUCAGUUUAAUCUGAAUAUUAAUGGCUCUGACUACUACCAAACAGCCCGCAUGGCUCCUCUCUAUCUUACUUAUUAUGGCCUUUGUAUGCUGAAUGGCAAUUACAAAGUGAAACUUCAUUUUUCUGAGAUAACAUUCUCUGAUGAAAAUUCUUUUGCAAGCCUUGGAAAGCGUGUAUUUGAUGUUUCAAUUCAGGGUUUUAAAUAUUUGAAAGAUUUUAACAUUGUUGAAGAAGCUGGUGGAGUUGGUAAGGGAAUCACUAGGGAGUUUAAUGUUAAUGUUACGGACAACACCUUGCAAAUCCACUUAUCCUGGGCAGGGAAAGGAACUAAUGCCAUUCCUGUAAGAGGUAUUUAUGGACCUCUUAUAUCUGCUAUCUCUGUGACCCCAAAUUUUAAAGUUCCUUCAAAUGGGCUGCCUACUGGAGCAAUUGCUGGAAUUGUGGUUGGGAUAUGUGUGUUUGUCAUAUUGAUACUCUUGGCACUUUGGAAGCUGGGUUUUCUAUGUGGGAAAGAUGAAACAGACCAAG